AUGGAACUUAUUGCAUUGCAAAAUGCUAUAACAGAACCUGAUACUUCACCAAUUAUAAAUAUAUUGAAUUUUGCCAUUGGCUAUGUGAGUAAAGACAUUCUGAAGGAUGCUUGUGAAAUUUUUAAGGAAGUAACGAGAAAAACUCUGGAAAAACAGCUUGAAGGCGAGGCUCUGCAGUUCCAGUACGGUCCUCCCACGGGCAGUGCGGAGUGGAAGGAGCAGACGGCUCUGUUUCUGAGCCAAGCCUACGGACAUCCGGUGCUCAGGGACAACUUGGUGCUGAGCUGCGGCUCUCAUCACGCCAUGCAGUUGGUUCUCACCACUCUUCUCGAUUUGAACGGCGUCUUGUUUGUCGACGAGCUGACAUUUGGCCUGGGCAUUUUCCAGCAAUUCACCUCCAUCGAAAUCGUGCCCGUGGCAUUUGACAUGGACUCUGGUCCAGACGUGGACGAUCUCAGGCGGAAGGUGGCUGAGAAGAGAUUCGCGCCGUGCAAAGGGAAGCUCUUUUGGGGCGUGUAUUACACCAUGACGGUGUUCCACAACCCCACAGGCGUGACAUAUUCGGCGGAAGUGUGUCGGAAGCUGGUGGAAUUGGCGCGGGAGGAGAAUUUCCUAAUCGCCAGUGAUGACACCUCGAAUCUCCUGAGUUACAGCACAAAAGUGCCACCCAAGCGACUCUUUGCCUACGAUAAUCCCGCUAACGAGGACUACCAAGGAAAUGUUGUGUCUCUGGGAAGCUUUUCGAAGAUCUUUUCGCCAGGAACAAGAAUCGGAUGGCUAGAGUGUCCGCAAAGGGUGUCCAAAUUCUUCGCAAAGUCUACACUUCUUAAUUGCACCGGAGCUACAAAUCACUUCACAUCUUUUCUGGUGGCAACUCUGAUCAGAGAUGGACUUCUGCACCAACAUUUCGAGCAAAUCCUCCUGAAAUACAAGGAACGCCACAAUUUCGUCUACAACUACUUGCGGAAGAAUCUGCCGGAAGAAGUGGAUGUGAAAAGUCCUGGCGGCGGAUGCUUUCUUUGGCUCAGAUUUCCACCUGACUUCUCUGUGACAGCUUUUGGCAGUGUUUUGGCUCAAGAACAUGAGCUUCACAUUUUCAGCGGAUCAUUUUUUGCAGUGAAUCCCGAAAAGUUCAGCAACUUCUGUCGCAUCGUCUUCAUAUUCCACGAUCUGCCCACGCUCGCCGUUGCUUCUGAGAAAUUCUGUGCUACUUUUAGGGCAUUCUCCGGUAUCAAGUGA